CCACUGGUUGUAAACUUAAGUCCGUCAUAACCAAUGGUCGUAACCCAUUGAACUAAAAUACAACGUCGUAACCGUAACAGACGUAACAAUGGACGUAACCAUGGCAGUAAAAAUUGCAGCAGCUGAUGAUUUAUUAUUGGCUGAGCAUGUUUGUCGUCGUAUAUGUAGUAUGUACACAUCAUAAAACUAUUUAUUUGUCGAUGAGAGGCAGUUUAAUUAGUUUUUGAGCGAUAUACGAAAGCGUUUUUGGUUCGUUUAAAAUAGUCUUAAAUUUCAUCAUGUUGAGCGGGUACUUCAACGCACUCCUACGAAGAUAUGCGAUCUUUUUGUACAACUAUCCUUCUGUAUUUCUUAUACUGACUCCAUUAUUUCUUUGUUUGUGUGCGAUCUUCUCGUUUGCUCCGUCCGUUGGAGUCAAAUUACCAAAUUUUUCCGAACCAACUGAGGGUUUUGAACCCCGUGGAACAGAAAUUAUGAAGAGAGUUGUAACCCAACAAAAUACACUGUUUAGUGCAAUUCAGGCUGGCGAACUGACCUGUCCAGAUGGAAGUUUAAAUAAAAACUCCACUAGUCCACCUAUGAUUGCAGAAUGUUUGAAGUCUGAAUACAGGGAUUUCUCAAUUGUAAGUGUUUAUGAGUCAGGUGGUAAUCUUUUUAAUGUCAAUGAUUUAAAAUCAAUAUGUCAUUUGGAAAAAGAUGUGGUUGGUUUUACUCCUGGUAAUUGUAAGUCUCUUUCUUUGGGAUCAUACAUUGCCUUACUUCGUAACCGAACGUCGUGCCUUGAAAUUGAAGAAAAUGAUGUGACAUUUGCCCAAGAACUUUUGGAGAACUGCUCUUCAGCAUAUUUUUCUAGAAAACUGGACAGUCAAAGCUCAACAUUACAAUGCAGAGAAAAUAAAGAAUUUGUCAAAAACGUCUUUGAUUUACUGGUUGACACCGACUACUUGCGUACAUCAAAGUCCCUCACAACAACCCUUGCCUUAUCCCCCAAGUAUUAUGACGUCAAUGUAGCUCGUGAUAUCUACAGAAAACAUCUUGAGGGUGGGAAAAAGCCACAAUUAAAUGGUGUCAAGUUGGUUGCAUUUCACUUUGGUAAUUUCAAAUUUGAUCAUUUCAAUUACAAGUUGAUAAUGGAUGCAGUUUUUCCAGCUUUUGGUCUUGCUAUGGUUGCUUUAAUAUUGUUGUUGUAUACACAAUCCUUGGUUGUAAUGGCAAUGACGGUAUUUUCUGUGAUCACGUCCAUUGUUGCUGCAUACUUUAUCUAUCAUCAAAUAUUUCGGCUAACCUUUUUCCCAUUCCUCAACAUACUGGCAUUUGUGUUUCUCGUUGGCAUCGCUGCUGAUGACGCGUUUGUCUUUAAUGAUAUUUGGGCCCAGGCCAAAACGGCACUUCCCAAUGGCACUAUAGUGGAUUGGAUUGAGUACACUUUGAGACACGCUGCCUUGGCAAUGUUCGUCACCAGUUUUACAACAUCUGCCGCAUUUUAUGCUAAUGUUGUUUCAGAUAUUACUGCUAUUCGACUGUUCGGCAUUUUUUCUGGAACCUCAAUUCUCAUCAUGUAUUUUUUAAUGAUCACAUGGUUUCCAGCCGGUGUUGUUUCGAUGGAGAAACGACGUCAGUUGCGAAGCGUUGGUGUGGAUACCUCAAAAGGCGAUGAAAAUGCAUCGUUUGAACUUGACUGCGAUGAUAAGUCUACGCAUUCCAAUGAUGAGCCGAUUGCUUCUCAAGGUCAGAAGUCAACAUGUUCUCGGUUCAUUGAGUUUUACAUCAAAUUGCGAUGCAAAUGUUCCUGUUUUAUGGGGAAAAUUUUCAAAAGGUGGAUUCCAGCCUGCUUGCGGGUGUAUCCUGCAUGGCUUAUCGGGUUUCUUGCCUUAGGCAUUGGCAUGAUAUGUGCAGUAACGGUAAAUCCUGGUCUACAAAGACCCAAAUCAUCCGAUUUUCAGGUGUUUGCAAGCUCGCAUAUUUUAGAACAGUAUGACUUAAAAUACAAGAGCAAGUUUCGUCUCAAACUUACAGAAGGGAACAUUUUUCGUAUAUACAUGUUUUUUGGAAUUAAAGAUCAAGACAACGGAAAUUAUUUGGAACCAAAGAACUUUGGUAGCCUUGAAUACGACACCACAAUUGAUAUUUUUGACCUACAGGUCCAGAAAUGGUUGUUUGAGGAUCUUUGUCCCAAGAUAAGAAAUCAAACUUUUUUCGAACAAGAUUUCUCUUGGUCGUGCUAUACGGAGGCAUUACGUCAAGCCUGUCCAGUCAAUUGGCCGUUACCGUUGGACCAGGAACAAUUGACGAAGUGCUUAAUGAGUCACACUUACAGUAAUUGUGGUCCUUAUAGUAACAAUAUCUUUCUUCACAAACAAAAGAUAAAAGCACUUGGUUUGUGGUUUCCUACAAAUAUUCAUUUUGCAAACGAUUACAACACUGUUAACAGAGUUUGGAAACAUGUUAAAGAAUUUUCACGUACUGUAUUGGACAAUGCACCGGAAGGUAUAAGAAAUGGAUGGGCAACCUCCCGACUAAGAUUUUAUGCCUUACAAGAAAACCUGGGUAGCAGUACCGUUUCGUCACUUGCUGUCUCACUAAGCAUUGCAUUCUCUGUUAUGUUAAUCACUACUCUGAAUUGGUUGAUCAGUUUUUAUGCCAUAUUGACGAUUGUUUUUGUCCUGUCAUCGACCAUCGGUUCUUUGGUUAUCAACGGUUGGGAGUUAAACAUACUCGAGUCAAUUGUUAUUUCUGUUGCUGUUGGUUUAUCUGUUGACUUUACAUUACAUUAUGGUGUGGCCUAUAAAGUCUCUAAUUGUAAUGAAAGAAUUGAGAGAGUCAAAUGUACCCUCGAGCAUAUUGGACCAGCUGUAACACUAGCAGCCUUUACAACGUUUGUUGCAGGUGUUUUCAUGAUGCCUUCUGAAGUAUUGGCUUAUUUUCAACUUGGUCAGUUCCUUACCCUGGUGAUGGCCAUGAGUUGGUUAUUUGCCACAUUUUUCUUUAUGUCAUUGUGCUAUUUUGCUGGACCUGUUGGAUAUUUUGGACAGAUGACUUCGACCAAAUGUCUCUCCUGCGAGGUCAGCUAGUUAAUAUCUGCUUGAAGUUGAUAAUGAUUCUGAAUUGUUUUCGAUGUUAAAUUUUUACUGAGUACGAAACUGUGGAACUGUUUCGCUUUUAAAAUAUUGUAAUUAUUUUAAUGUUUUCGUCGUUGCUCUCUAACUUUAUUGAAAAAACAAAAAGUAUAUUAAAUUGUUCUAACUGGUUUCAGCUUUA